AUGGCAUCCGUAAUGAUGUCUGAUGCCCCUACACCCGACUUUGGAAAUUCUUCAAGAGCUGGAACUCCUAAAGCUCGUAGGCAUAGGGGUUCUUCAGCAUCAGGUAGACCACGAGGUCCUCCAUCUGAGAGUGCUGGUGCUAUGAGUGAUGAUGAAGGUUUCGCAGAUGACGCUAUUCCACAAAAUACCAAUCGUCCAAGGAAGAGUGAUAGACCAAUUCCAAGAGUGGAGGAUGCAAUUGGGCAAUAUGUUCAACUUACGUUUGAGGAAUUCCUUGAGUCAUAUAUCGAAGAUCCAACACUUUCUGGUGCAACUCCUUCGUCCACCAUGACCACCGAUAAAUAUUAUAUUGCGCAAAUCCAUGGGCUGAAGGCAUAUCAACUGUCUACUUUAUACGUCGAUUAUACACAUCUCUCUUCAUACAAAGGAGGCGUAUUGGCAGAGGGUAUUGUGGAAGAAUACUACAGAUUCCUACCAUUCCUUACGAAAGCUCUGCAUAACAUGAUCGCCAAAUAUGAACCAAGAUACUUUAGAGAUCAUCGUCAACCUACCGCAUCAAGCAAUCAAACUUCAUCUGGAGCAAGCAAUGCUGCAUCUGCAAGUCAAUCCGACUUUCAAGGAGAUAAAACCACAAAUCAACAAACCGAUAAAUUAUUUGCGCUAGCAUUUUACAAUUUACCCCUUGUUACUCGUGUUCGACAUUUAAGAACGGCAAAUAUUGGACAACUUCUUUCGAUUUCUGGUACCGUUACGAGAACUUCAGAAGUCCGACCUGAACUUUCCUUGGCUACUUUCAUAUGCGAAAACUGUAAGAACGUUGUACCAAAUGUCGAACAAACCUUCAGAUAUACCGAACCUACACAAUGUCCGAAUUUAGAGUGUAAUAAUCGUCAAGCAUGGAGAUUGGAUAUUAGACAGAGUACAUUUGUGGAUUGGCAGAAAGUUCGUGUGCAGGAGAAUAGUUCUGAAAUCCCUACAGGAAGUAUGCCAAGAACUAUGGAUGUCAUUCUUCGUGGAGAAAUUGUCGAUCGUGCUAAAGCCGGAGAGAAAUGUAUCUUUACGGGAGCUCUCAUUGUUGUACCCGAUGUUAGUCAACUUGGUUUACCUGGUGUUAGACCAAUGGCUAUUAGAGAUACACAAAAUCGUAGUGGAGAUGCAAGUGGUGUUACUGGAUUGAAAGCACUUGGUGUUAGAGAUCUUACAUACAGACUGGCUUUCUUGUCAUGUAUGGUUACACCCGAUACAUCCACUCAAGGAGCAGCCGCAAAUCAACAUCUUAACGGACAAUCCAAUAACAUCCUUGCAUCCCUCAAUCAAACCGCUCCUAUUGAUCCCAAUGAGCCUGGAGAUCAUGCUCAAGAAGCUGUCCUUGCAUCCAUGACGCAUGCCGAAAUUGAAGAUCUCAAGGAAAUGGUUCAUUCAGAUCACAUUUACUCACGUUUGGUCAAUUCUCUCGCUCCUAUGGUUUACGGACAUGAAAUUGUCAAGAAGGGUCUUCUGCUUCAACUCAUGUCAGGUGUUUCCAAGGUCACACCGGAAGGAAUGCAACUUAGAGGUGACAUUAAUAUCUGCAUCGUUGGUGACCCUUCUACCUCGAAAUCUCAAUUCCUCAAAUAUAUCUGUUCUUUCCUUCCUCGGGCUGUCUACACAUCUGGAAAGGCUUCUUCAGCUGCUGGUCUUACAGCUGCUGUGGUUAAAGAUGAAGAAACUGGAGAAUUUACCAUUGAAGCUGGAGCACUCAUGUUAGCAGAUAAUGGUAUUUGUGCCAUUGAUGAGUUCGAUAAGAUGGAUAUCAGUGAUCAAGUCGCCAUUCACGAAGCUAUGGAACAACAGACUAUUUCCAUCGCUAAAGCGGGCAUUCAAGCUACUCUAAAUGCUCGAACUUCGAUUCUCGCUGCUGCAAACCCUGUAGGAGGAAGAUACAACAGGAAGACCACACUGAGAGCUAACAUCAAUAUGAGCGCUCCUAUUAUGUCACGUUUUGAUCUAUUCUUUGUUAUUCUAGAUGAGUGUAAUGAGACGGUGGAUCGUCAUCUAGCGGAGCAUAUUGUAGGAAUCCAUCAACUCCGCGACGAAGCAGUACAACCAGAAUUCACAACCGAACAACUUCAACGUUACAUUCGAUUUGCCAAAACUUUCAAACCGGAAUUUACAGAUGAAGCUAAAGAAUUACUGGUUCAAAAGUACAAGGAAUUGAGAAAUGAUGAUGCCCAGGGAGGAGUUGGUAGAAAUAGUUAUCGGAUUACUGUCAGACAAUUGGAGAGUAUGAUUCGGUUGAGUGAAGCUAUUGCGAAGGCGAAUUGCGUUGAGGAAAUUACCGAGCCAAUGGUGGUUGAAGCCUUUAACCUUUUGAGGCAAAGUAUUAUUAGUGUGGAGAAGGAUGAUGUUGAGGUUGACGAUGAUGAUGAAGAAGUUCCAGCUCCAGCUGCGGAUGGUGGUGCAGAGGAUGCCAUGGAAGAAGAUACACAGGAUGCCAAUGGAAGUGUACCACCAGCUGAAGGAGAUGGACGACAGAAGACAAAGAUUACCUACGACAAGUAUAUUGGAGUUGUGAACUUAUUGGUUAGAAGAAUAAACGAAGAUGAGCUGGGUAGUGGUGAGGGAGUAGAAGGAGAGAAAUUGAUAGAGUGGUAUUUGGAACAGAUGGAGGAUGAAUUGGCUGAUGAGGAGGCUUAUCAUGAAGAAAUGAAGUUAUGCAAGAAGAUUAUUAGGAGGAUGCUCAAGGAGAAUAUCUUAAUGGCAAUUCGUGGUCAAGGAUUAGUCGAUCAGGAUAACGCUAAUGGAGAAGGAAGUUCGAGAUCAGAGGAAUCAGUGGUUUAUGUAUUACAUCCUAAUUGUGCAGUGGAAGAAUAUUAA